UGCAUGAUUAUGAGAUAGCUUGUCUUACCACAAGGAGAGCUACACGUUUUAGUACAUCUAAAGCUAGUAGUACAAAGAGAGCUUUUGAUUGAACCUGGAGUCAAACAGAUGACGCAUCAAGCUGUUUCUGGACCCUGCUUGGAUAUCCCACGCGAAGUUCUGAAUCGUUGUUGUCCGGAGGAAAGAAAGGGGGGCCUGGGUGCAGCCGUCUGGUGAACUAACGUUACACUAGCUGCUUGGCUAGCUUCCUUACAUGUUUUCAGCUAAUGGAAUUGGCUGCGUCUUAGCAUAAUGAAACGCUUGCCUAGAGACAACAUUACUGAUGCCACAUUAGCUAUUAAUGCAGUACCCGUGUGUAGUAGAUGUUUCAUCGGAGUUGACUUGGCAGUUGACAGGCGGUAAUAUUAGCUUUAGCUCCGACUAUCUGUCUGGCUAGCUUGCCCGCUGGCUAGUUGGCUGGCUGUGCAUUGAGCCAAGCGCAUGCUAGUUAGCUUUCUGGCAAGGAAAACUGUUUUCUUUCCAGGCUGGUCUUUUUAUAUAUGUUUUGGCCGCAUCUAACAGUAGACGGCUAACAAACUCAGCAUCAGAUCUCACUUCGCUGUGUGGGUUAAAUGCUCUCGUUUGAGUUUUUUGGCGAUAGCCAAUGUAGACCCUUUGUUAGUUGUUGACAGAUUAGCCCACAGUAGCUAACAAUGAAGAGUCGGACCAUUCUAGUUACAAAGCUAAAACUGGCUAGUGGACGCAAAAUACCCUGGUGAUAUUUCGGGAAGAGUUGUUCUAAUGCUUUGUCAUCGUCAUAUCGAGGCAUUAUCUCACUCACGUGACGGAUAUCUGUAACAAAUGCCCUUUAGAUACUGAAGUCAAAUUCUGUCGCUAGUGUUAGGCUAUCUGAUGAUGUAGAAGAAAUGACCUGCUUUGUAAACAAGUUGUAUCACAAGGCAGCUGGCUAGCUUAUCUGUUGUGUUGUCCGCAGUUUCUUUACAGUAAUGACAUUGUGAUACAGAUUCUUUUUCCCCGUUUGGGUGUUCUAAUAUUCCUUGGUCAUUUUGUUUGGUGUGUGUAGUUGUUAGGCAUGACAAAGACUGUGAUACAGAUCCAAUACGGCUCUCGUUAAUUGUCAGUCGGCCCCACAACACCCAGGGAAUUGGGGACCUCGGGUUCAUUCGAAACCACCUGCCAGCCCGUUUUAUUUUGGCUGGAAGGGGUUCAUGACGUAGAUUGGAACGCAGAGAGAACCCGGUGGUGUUGCGUCCUUGGCAUCAUUUGGGACAGACGGCGGUACCCCAUUGCUGUUACUCCUGACCCCAGGUCAGAUGUGAAGGACAAUGGGUACCCAGGGAAGUCCCGUGAAGAGUUACGACUACCUCCUCAAGUUCCUGCUCGUCGGGGAUAGCGACGUGGGCAAGGGAGAGAUACUGGACAGCCUUCAGGACGGUUCAGCAGAGUCUCCAUACGCAUACAGUAGCGGAAUUGACUACAAGACGACCACCAUUCUGCUGGAUGGCAGGAGAGUGAAACUAGAGCUUUGGGACACCUCGGGUCAGGGCCGGUUCUGCACCAUCUUCAGGUCCUACUCCAGAGGGGCACAGGGUAUCCUGUUGGUGUAUGACAUCACCAAUCGCUGGUCCUUUGACGGAAUCGACCGAUGGAUACGAGAGAUUGACGAGCAUGCCCCUGGUGUGCCCCGCAUCCUGGUGGGCAACCGGCUGCACCUGGCGUUCAAGCGGCAGGUGCCCACGGAGCAGGCGCGGGCCUACGCCGAGAAGAAUGGCAUGACCUUCUUCGAGGUCAGCCCGCUCUGCAACUUCAACGUCAUCGAGUCCUUCACCGAGCUCUCGCGCAUCGUGCUCAUGCGCCACGGCAUGGAGAAGUUCUGGAGGCCCAACAGAGUCUUCAGCCUGCAGGACCUGUGUUGCCGGGCGAUCGUGUCGUGUACGCCGGUGCACCUGAUCGACAAGCUGCCGCUGCCGGUGGCCAUCAAGAGCCACCUGAAGAGCUUCUCCAUGGCCAACGGCAUGAACGCCGUCAUGAUGCACGGACGCUCCUACUCGCUGGCCAGCGCCGCCGCCUCCAGCUCCAAGGGCAACAGCCUCAAGCGCACCAAGUCCAUACGGCCGCCGCAGAGCCCGCCGCAGAACUGCACGCGCAACAACUGCAAAAUAUCCUAGCCGGGCUGGGACCGGGGCCGGGGCCGGGCCGGGGCUGGGCCUUGUUGGGAACUCUUUGGAUCCAUAGGACUUUGUCGGGACACACAUACUAUCCAGUGCUCGGAUACGCAUUACAUUACACACACAUGGUCUGUAUGGGGGCGAUACGUGCAUUACAUUAUGUACAUUGCUGCCCAGCUUAGCACACUUGUCUGCCUGCCUGCCUGCCUGGAACACUGACCGACGGAUGGACGUGUGGCUUCAAACUGAGUUCCAAAACACACACACACAGACACAGACACAGACACACACACACACACACACACACACACACACACACACACACACACACACACACACACACACACACACACACACACACACACACACACACACACGGUUGAUGCCAUGGUCCAUGACUCCAUCCCCAUGUGCUUGGAAGAUGAUUGUGUUUGGGAAUGUUGAUGUCUGGACAGUCGUCAGCCACCGUUUUGCCAGCCGAGUUUUGUCCAGAGCUCUGCUAGGCUGAAACGCGUCAGGUAGACGGACAGAACGCUCUCUGGUCUGGAGAACUCUGGUGUGUGUGUGUGUGUGUCGGUAUGCGUAUGUGUAUGUGUGUGCCUCUAAUGGGCUCUUCUUGCACUUGCCUUCAGUCUGCUCUCAUUUGGAUAAUGGAUUAUCUCUUCAGACGAGCAGUAAUAAGAUGGGUGUGAGGUAUCUAUCCAUCGCGCCUGCUGACGAUACCCUUUUUUUCCUCCCCAACUCUUGGCCUCUAUCUAUGUAUUUCUUUCUGUUCCCCAUCUCUGCAAGUCAUUACCGGUGCGGAGUCGACUCUUUACAAUUUUACAAAUCAGACAUCCCAUUCCCAGUCCCUAAGCCCUGUGCUUAGCAUCUCUUACAGAAUCGAGCGGUCCUGCUGUGGGCAGAGAUCAAUGCUCACACUCACACACGCCCCACCAGCUCUGCUAUUCUCUGCUCUUCAAAGCAACGCAGCCCCUCAACUGCCACUUAACCCCCAUGGCCUUGGAGGAUGUGUGUGUGUGUGUUUAUAAGUGUGUGCAUCCGUGAGUGUGUGUGUGUGAGGGGGAGUGAGUGUGUGUAUAUGCGUGUGAAAAUGAGAUCCACAGAAGCCUGAAUAGGAAAGAGGAAAUAUCUAAAGGACACUUGCAUCUUGCAUGCUCAAAAUUUAUUACUGGUUAUGUUUAUUUAAAGGAAAAAAAUGUCUUUGAUCAUCCAGAAUGAGGUUGUUGCUACUAUGUGUAUAGACAUGUACAUGGGAUUGCACUGUGCAAGGAAAACAAUUAAUCUCUCUCUUUUUUUUUUUAAACAAAUGGAUUAAAUGCAGCAAUGAUGAUGGUUUGCACA